UGGACUGUUAAGAGUUUGAUGGUCCUGCCUGUCAUGAGGCUGGCCCAGCUUCGAUUCCCGGCAAAGGCGUUUUAGCAACGUUUUUGCAAGUUGCUGCUUUCAACUUGCAGAUUAUACUCAUUUUGUUUAUCUUUCGAGUUUUGAAGAAUAUUCAACAGAGUUGCUGAGGUAUACUUGUGUAUAUGUUUGAGUAAAUCGGUAGGCGAAACCCCAAAAAGUAUACUGCGAUGCUCUGUUUGGAACUUGCGGAAAGGAAAAAUAAUUAAAAGAGAAAGUAGAGGAAAAGUUGGAGCGAAAAUAGGAGGCAAGUUGAAUUCAUUUUGUUAUUUUUUCUUCUUCUAUCUAUAGAAAUCCAAACAAGAGAGGAGGAAAAUUUCCAAUUUUCUCCCUUUCUUUUCCCUUCUCUUCCACAAGUUCCAAACUAAGAGUUAUUAAUUAGGGCGAAUAGUAGUUAUCGAUUAGGGGAAAGAAGAAUGCAAACAAAGUAGAUUCUGUUUUCUUUCUUCUUUCUUCUGUCAACUCAGGGUGCCGAAGCCAGCUUACCUUCACCUUGACUAAUCCUCAAAAACCAAUUCCACCGUCGACCAGCGGGUGCCCUAUUAAUAAUAGAAAUUGAGUUUCUUUGUUUGGUAACUUUUUUGUCUUGCAGAAGCUUUGAGCAUUCAUGCUUUGAAUUAGCUUAGACCUCACAAACUCUGAUCACUAUUGAUGAAACUAGUACUAGUAGUUUGGUUGGACACAUCAUGGGUUUUGUUUACCCUCUUUUCUUUGCUUAGUGUAUUUGUUUUUGCAUUGGCAGCGACGGUAUCCUGAAACUUGUGUCUUCUUGCAUUAUAAUAAGGGCAGGUUAGACUCUAGGAAGGCUACAUUGAAUCCCAAAGUCAAAACAACUUUCCCUUUUUCAAACAAAUUUUACUAAUUUUUUGUAAGCAAUCCCCACUUGUAAUUGUCAAGUUGUACUAUCUAGUAGAGUAAAAAACAGUUCAAUACCCACGUGCAACUGUUAUCAGAUCCAAAACAAAGGAAGAAAACAGUAGAUUCAUGCCCUUUCUCUGUUGAAACUUGAAAGAGUUUUGCUUCUUGUUCAAUUCACAAGAAGUUCUGAAAGCCCUGUUUGGUUGCUGAGAUACCUGUCAUUUCAAUUCCAUUGAUUUCAGCUCUUUCAUGGCAAAGGAUCAAUCCACCGUCUUCGGUUUCCGCUGUUCCUGUUACAUCCUUGUUGCUCUGUCUGCCUUCUCAUCCAUUUCACUCUUGUACUGGUCUCACUGUUCUAUCCCCUUCUACUUCCAUGUCCAAACAGUAGAGCAGAACCAAAACCAACCCAUUAACCUUCUUUCCUUUCCUUCAGCAUGGAAUCAUCUUUCCUUCCCCUCAAACACAACUUCCAAAAUCCUGAAAAUCGCACUCUUUGUCAAGAAAUGGCCCCACGAAUCUCGGGCAGGUGGGCUCGAGCGCCAUGCCCAAACGCUCCACCUCGCGCUAGCCAAACGCGGCCAUGAGCUCCACAUCUUCACCACUUCUGCCCAAAACAAAUCGUUUCCCACUUACCCAAUGAGCAACUUGUACUUCCACCUCUCGAAACCAACAUCCGCCGGUUUAUUGGACCAAAGCCUAGUUUGGAAGCAAUUCCAAGCCCAAAACUCUACUGGGAAACCUUUUGAUAUGAUCCACACUGAGAGUGUAGGACUCUUGUAUACCAGAGCGCGGAACCUCACUAACUUGGCUGUCAGCUGGCAUGGAAUCGCGUAUGAAGCGAUACAUACAGACAUCAUUCAGGAAAUCGUUCGAGCACCUGAUGAGCAUCGUGCUUAUGAAUUGACCGAAAGAACUACAAGGGUUGUUGAAGAGGUAAAGUUUUUCCAAAAUUAUGCUCAUCAUGUCGCAACAAGUGAUCACGUUGGUGAUGUCCUGAAAAGGAUUUACAUGAUCCCAGAAGAGCGCGUUCAUAUAAUUCUCAAUGGCGUUGAUGAGGAGAUUUUCAAGCCAGAUUUUUCAGAAGGUAAGGAUUUCAAGUUCAAAUUUGGGAUUCCAGAAUCAAAGGCAUUGGUGUUGGGAAUGGCUGGUAGGUUAGUUAAAGACAAAGGACACCCACUAAUAUUUGAAGCUCUAAAGCAAAUGAUUGCAGAAAAUUCAAGAUUUCAGGAAAGUGUUAUUGUCCUAGUUGCUGGGGAUGGUCCAUGGGGUGCUAGAUACAAAGAUUUAGGUCCCAAUCUACUGGUUUUGGGGCCACUUGAUCAAGCUCAACUUUCAAGAUUCUACAAUGCAAUAGACAUUUUUGUGAACCCAACUCUAAGGGCUCAAGGGUUGGAUCAUACACUGUUAGAAGCAAUACUUUGUGGCACUCCGGUGAUUGCAACGCGACUUGCCAGCAUUACGGGGUCCAUAAUUGUCAGCCCCGAAAUGGGUUACACGUUUUCGCCUACCGUAGAUUCACUGAAACAGGCGCUUUAUCGGGUUUGGAAUGAUGGGAGAGGGAUUCUGGAGAAGAAAGGUCAGGUGGGUAGGGAAAGAGGGUUGAAGUUGUUCACUGCCACUAAAAUGGCAGAUGCAUAUGAAAGGUUGUUCCUUUGCAUUUCAGAUAGUAGGGAAAGUGGUAAUGAGUAUUGCACAUACAAGCCUUCAUUUGGUUAAAAUAGUCAGAUUCUCAGAGUAUUGGUGGCAUGAAAUUUUGU